AUGGGAGACUCCCACAACAGGAAGAUCCUCGCAAGCGAAGCUCUCUCGAAGUACAUAUUGGAAACGAAUGCAUAUCCGAGAGAGCACGAGCAGCUGAAAGAACUCAGGGAGGCCACUGUCCAGAAGUACCAGUACUGGAGUUUGAUGAAUGUGCCCGCGGAUGAGGGGCAACUAAUCUCCAUGAUGCUGAAGCUCAUGAAUGCGAAGAAAACGAUCGAGGUCGGAGUCUUCACCGGCUAUUCUCUCCUCACCACUGCACUUGCACUUCCGGCCGACGGCAAGAUAAUAGCGAUGGAUCCGGAUAAGGAGGCCUUUGAGACGGGCCUGCCAUUUAUGAAGAAAGCUAGGGUGGAACACAAGAUCGACUUCAUCCAUUCAUAUGCUUUUUCGGUGCUAAACGACCUUAUUGCAAAUGGCGAAGAGGGAACCUUUGAUUUUGCCUUUGUGGACGCCAACAAGGAGGAUUACAUCAAGUACCACGAGAUCCUGCUCAAGCUAGUGAAGGUCGGAGGGGUGAUCGGGUACGACAACAUUCUGUGGUUCGGUGCGGUCGCGCUCUCCGAAGACGACGAGAUGGCGGAGCAUCUGAGGGUCGGGAGAGGCCACCUCCGGGAGCUGAAUAGCUUCCUGGCGAGCGAUCCGCGGAUCGAGUGCUGUCUGCUUUCCGUCGGAGACGGCCUCACGCUGUGUCGACGCCUCUAUUAG